AUGGAUCUCGUCAACCACUUGGAAGGCCGCCUUCUCUUCGCCGUCCCCAAAAAAGGACGUCUGCAACAAGCAACCCUAGACCUCCUCGCCGGCUGUGACGUCCAGUUCCGCCGCGAAACCCGCCUCGACAUCGCCCUCGUCAAGAACCUGCCCAUCGCUCUGAUCUUCCUGCCCGCCGCCGACAUCCCGACCUUCGUCGGCGAGGGCCGCGUCGACCUGGGCAUUACCGGGCGCGACCAGGUCGCCGAGCACGAUGCCACCCUAUCCGCCGGCGAGGCGUCCAACGUGGAGGAGAUCCUCGAUCUCGGCUUUGGCGGCUGCAAGCUGCAGGUGCAGGUUCCCGAGAAGGGCGAGCUGAAAGAAGCCAAGGACCUCGUUGGCCGUAACGUUGUGACUAGCUUCACCGCUCUUACUGAGGCGUUCUUCCGCAAGCUGGAGGGCGCCGAGGCUGGCCAGAAGCUCGCCACUAAGAUCAAGUAUGUUGGUGGCAGUGUGGAGGCUGCUUGUGCGCUCGGCGUUGCGGACGGUAUUGUCGAUCUUGUUGAGUCCGGCGAGACCAUGAAGGCAGCCGGCCUAAAAGCUAUCGACACCGUCGUCUCCAGUACCGCGGUACUGGUCAAGUCCCGUGAAUCCAACAGCGACAUCCUCAACCUCCUUACCUCCCGCCUGCGCGGUGUCAUCACCGCCCAGAAAUUCGUCCUGUGCCAAUACAACAUCCCGCGCGCGCAGCUGCCCGUCGCGUCGAAGAUCACCCCCGGCAAGCGCGCGCCUACUAUCACCGCGCUCGAGGAGGAGAACUGGGUUGCUGUUAGUUCUAUGGUGGAGAAGAAGCGCAUUGCUACGGUAAUGGAUGAGUUGAGCAAGGUUGGCGCUACUGAUAUCUUGGUCAUGACUAUUGCCAACUCGCGUACGGAUUAA